GGGAAUUAAAGAUGCAGGACCCCUCAAUGGCGGCGUCCUGUGAAACCGGGUAAUACAGUCAGCGGCGCAGAGACAGAUGAUUUAGCAGCGUCCAAUCAUGAGGCUGGUUUUUGUUGUGCUGGUCUUUCUGAGGGUCCAGCAUGUGAACUCAGCAUCUAAAGGAAUUGUCGCCAGUCUUCAGGCCAAAUGGGCUGCGACCCCUCUCCUACUGGAAACAAGUGAAUUCAUCAGAGAAGAUGGAGAUGAGAAAUUCUGGCAGUUUGUCGAUACUGUGAAGGAGUUAACUGUUUACAAAUCUGGAGAGUCUGUCCGGUCCUAUUAUAACCUGAUCCUCAAGAAGGCUGGCCAGUUUUUGACAGAUCUUCAGGUCAACCUGUUGAAGCUCUCUCUGUCUCUUAGGACUUACUCUCCAGCUGUACAUGCUCUCCAACAAAUAGCAAGCGAUGAACCUCCUCCUGAUGGCUGCUCUGCUUUUGUGGUUGUUCAUGGUCAAAAUGCCUGCAGCACCAAGGAUAUGAAGAAGCUCUUGAAGACAGCAGCAGACAGGCCAAGACCUUAUCUAUACAAGUCUGAUCACCAGUACCCAGGAGUCAAUGGGACAGAUGUGCCUGUAGCUAUUCUUUAUGCUGAAAUUGGCACUAAGGAGUUCAGCACUUUUCAUAAGCUUCUGUCAGAGCGAGCACAGGAGGGCAAACUCAUCUAUGUGCUACGACAUUUUGUGUCUGAGCCGAAAAAUGAAAGGAUGCUGCUCUCUGGAUAUGGUGUGGAACUGGCAAUUAAAAGUACUGAGUACAAAGCUGUUGAUGACACAAAAGUUAAAGAAUCCAAAUCAGCCGGCACUGAUAAUGAGGAUGAAAAUGAUGAAGUCCAAGGAUUUCUGUUUGGGAAAUUGAAAAAGUCUCACCCGGAGCUUCAGGAGGAACUUGGAGAGCUGAGAAAGCAUCUACUGGAGAGCACCAAUGACAUGACUCCUCUUAAAGUGUGGGAGCUCCAAGACCUCAGUUUCCAGGCGGCAUCUCGGAUCAUGACUGUGCCAAAGUUUGAUUCUCUCAAAUUAAUGCAAGAGCUCAGCCAAAAUUUCCCCAGCAGAGCCAGAUCACUGACAAGAGUGGCUGUAAACCAAGACAUGAAGAAGGAAAUAGAAGACAACCAAAAGAGGCUGAGUGAGUCGAUGGGCGUCCAUCCUGGAGAUGCCAGUCUUUACAUUAAUGGAAUACAUGUUGACCUGGACAUUCAUAACCCUUUCAGCAUUCUGGACAUUCUCAGAAGCGAGGCUAAGAUUCUUGAAGGUCUUCAUAAUCUUGGCGUCAAAGGAAACACUAUUAGUAAGUUCCUGCAUUUACCAUCAUCAACCGCUGUAGAGGACAGCUACGCUCUGGACAUCCGACACUCAUCCAUUAUGUGGGUUAAUGAUAUUGAGAAGGACUCCAUGUAUCGUCACUGGCCCUCGAGUCUCCAGGAGCUCCUCAGAGCAACAUUUCCUGGUGUUAUUCGACAAAUACGCCGUAACUUCUAUAACCUGGUUCUGUUUCUUGACCCAGCACAGGAAGAGAGCAUUGAGCUUGUGAAGUUAGCAGAACUCUUUUACAAACACAACAUUCCCCUCAGGAUUGGGUUUGUACUGGUUGUCAGUUCUGAUGAUGAAGUGGAUGGACUUUCGGAUGCUGGUGUUGCUCUCUUCAGACUGUUAAAUUACAUUUCAGAGGAGUAUGACGAAGCUCAGGCUUUCACAUCCAUGGUGUCAAUAUUUAAUAGAAUUGGAGUAGGGAAGACACUCUCUGUCGACACAAUAAAAGCAUAUCUGAAAAAGAAAUUUCCAAAAGCAAAUGCUGCCAGAAUUCUUGGAGUGGAUUCAAGCUAUGAUGACAACAGAAAGGCUGGUGGAGCGUUUUACAAGAAGAGUGGUUUAGGUGCUUUACCAGUGGGCCUGUUCAAUGGUGUCCCACUCAGUAGUGAUGAGAUGGACCCGGAGGAGCUGGAAACAGUUCUGCUGCAGAAAAUCAUGGAAACUACAAACUUCUUCCAGAGAUCUGUCUUCAUGGGUCAGAUCACAGAGAGUGUUGAUGUGGUGGACUUCCAGAUGGAGCAGGCCAAUGUUGUUCCUCGUAUCAACCCUUUGAUUCUGAGCUCUGACAGGCGGUAUCUGGAUUUUACUGCCUCACCAGUUGCUGAUGACUGGGAUGACUCGAAUAUGUUUUCAUACUUGGACUCCAGAGACAAAACAGGAGUUAUCUCUAAGAGAAUGAAGUAUUUCAUCAGAGAGGAGGCUGAGGUGUUGUAUGGAGUGACCAUGUGGAUUGUAGCAGAUAUUGAACAGCCCUCUGGGAGACAGUUGCUCCGGAAUGCCUUGAAACAUAUGAAAUCCAGCAGUUCCAGCUGUCGUGUCGGGGUGAUCAAUAACCCCAAUAGAAAGCCCACUGAGGAGAACAGCGUUCUGUACAGAGCCGUCUGGGCUUCUCUUCUCACUCAAAGCAGCAAGAACACGCUCGACUUCACUCUAAAACUCCUCAAAGAAGAAAAUGUUGAACUCCUCAAACAAGGCACCAAGAUUAAGCACUUACUUAAACAGGGUAUGGACCACGAUGCCUUUGAGAAGAAGUACACGAUGGAGGUGGAUUUCCUGCACAGCCAGCAGAAGUACUGUAGGGAAGUGUUAAAGCUCCAAGCAGGACAAAGAGCUGUGGUCAGCAACGGCAGGCCUGCUGGACGACACAGAAGAGAAGAAGUGUUCAGUGUGGAAGAUUUCCAGCUGCUAGAAAUGAUCACACUUCGCACGCUCGCAGAAAAGAUUAAAUCCAAGAUCAGCAAAUGA